UGCAACUCCAUCUAUUCAACUCCUCAACCAUGGCAGACCACGUUCACGGUCCCAACUGCUCCCAUGGUCACGACCACGGCCACAGCCAAGGCCACGGCGGCCACUCUCACGGCCCAAUGGGCAGCCCCCAGCCCAUGCAGGUCCAGGUCGACCCGGCGAUGCAGGCUCUCCUCGACAGCCUUCCCUCGCGCACCAUGCCGAUCGCGUUCGUCGACGUUGCGAUUCCCAACACGCAGCCGCCACAGGUUCAGAACAUGGCCGUGUGCGCAGAGCACAAGCAGCCCGUUUGCGACGUUUGCGACGUCAACUUCACCCCGCUCAACUACAUGCAGCAGUUUAUGAAGAACGCGCCGCCCGAGGCCGUGCCGCCACCGCCUAAUGUCGCCCCGCCUCCGGCGCGCGCUGAGCAGAUCAAGCAGGUGAAGGAGGCUGGUAAUACCGCAUUCAAGGCCGGCAACAUCCCCGCCGCAAUCAACAACUACUCGAAGAGUGCGGACAUGGCGCUCUCGCGUCCGCCGUGGGAGGUGGCCGCGCUUUCGCGGGACGAAACUGCGAUUGCGCUGUGCAAUCGCUCGGCGGCGUUCGCGGCGGCGGGCGCGUGGAUCAACGCUCUGGCGGAUGCGGAGACGGUCAUCGCGCUCAAGCGGCCCUGGACGAAGGGGCAUUUCCGUCGCGCGCGCGCCUUGGUGGGAAUGGGCCGUUUCGAAGACGCGCAGGACGCCAUCAUCGACGGUCUCCAAUUCGAGCCUGACGAGAAGGAUCUGAAUGCCUAUCUCUUGGAGGUCAACGAGCUGGUGCGUAAGCGUGACGCAGGCGAGCCGCUCGAGGACGUCAGCGACGACAAGUUUUCUCCACUGGGCCCCGGGGCGCAGACGCCGAGUCGGAGCGGGACAGCGACACCCGCCAGGGCAGAGCCCGAGGCCACACCCCACAAGGACGCGACGGCGAACGCUAGUGAGCAGAAGACGGCGACGGCCGCGGCGGCAUAGAAGCGUGCCGGAGAGCAGAUACCAUGACUUAUUUAGGAUACCCAUGCAUUGCGGCAUACCGCAGCCGCAGGAUGGCGC